AUGGAGAAGCAGAAGAGUAAUUAUUUUAACAUAAAAGUGUAUAGGCGACAUUUCUCAAGAAAACAAACCUUGGGUUUUAUGUUUUUCUUUACAUUAUUUUUAAUUCUUGUUAUAUCAAUCUCAUAUUUAGUUUAUAGUAAUCAGGGCCUGAGUUUAAAUUAUUUUGAACAUCAGCCUAAUGUGGAUUUGUACGUGAUAUAUGAAAAUGAGUUCAAAAUGUCGAACAACAAGUCAUCGGUUAAACCUAUAAAUCCUGUUAAAUUUAACGCAAUUCUCCAACCAAUACAUUCUUGUAAAUUGUCCAAUCAAUCUGAUGCUUCACCAGAUCUAGUUAUUUUUGUCAAAUCAGCGUUGUUACACUUUGAAUCACGUAAUAAUAUACGCCAAUCUUGGGGUAAUUCAAGCUGUUUUCGUUAUUCCGGAGUGCGUGCUCGAACUCUUUUUAUUCUUGGUAGAUCAGGUUCCACCGAUUGGAAAAAUUCCAGUACUCAAAAUCUGGUAUUACAAGAACAUAUAAAGCAUAACGAUAUAGUUCAGUUUGAUUUUAUUGAGGACUAUCAUAAUGUUACGUAUAAGCUGAUAGCGACAUUAGACUUUGCUAUCAAUGAAUGUUCCUCUCCUCGAUUUUUCACUUUGAUUGACGAUGAUUUCAUGUUGCACCCGUCUAAUUUGCUUCGGACACUUGCCGAAGUUACUGAAACUCAGUAUUUGAACUAUAUAGCUGGUGAUGUGUUGCGUAUCUCCAAACCGAUGAGGUUCCCGUCCAAUAAAUGGUAUAUAUCCUACUCAGACUAUCCAUACAAUUUGUAUCCACCCUUUCCUACUGGCGGAACCAUUAUUCUUAGCAUGCCUGUCGCAAAGCUGCUUUCCGUUGGUCUGAGAUAUACUAAAUUACUUCCUUUUGAAGAUGUUGUAAUCGGCCUUAUAUUAUAUAAUCUGGGUAUUAGCCCUGUACAUUUGGAUGGUGUUUUUGCAGUUCGUCAAUCAGACGAUCAUAUUGAUCUCAUAAGUCUUCAUGGGUAUGGUGAUAGUUCCUUUUCUUUAUCUAGUUGGAAUAAGCUUGGUUUACAGACUGUUUGCAACGAGUAG